CUUUCCGGAGGCUGAGUUUUAGACCAAUCACAGCAGCCGUUGCAGCCAGGCGCCUCAGUGUUUUGGUGCAUUAGCCUCGGUUAGCUGUUUUCAGGAUGAAUAAAGGCAAAGCCAGCGGCGUGACGUGGAUCAAACCGGCGGAGCCGUCCUUCCUCAAGAAGUUCAAGACCGACGUGGGAUACAAAGAAGGGCCAAAUGUCGAGACCAAGCGUCAGGUGAUGCCCACGCUGGACGAUGACAGCGGAAGUGAUCGGGAAGAUGAAUUACCUCAAGUGGUCGUCUUAAAAACCGGCGAUCUGAGUGCAGACGAGGUGAAGAGGGUCAAGGACGAAACGCGAGCUGGAGAGAAAGGCCAAGAAGCUCCUCCUGAUGGCAAGAUUCUCUUCAAGAAACCAGCCAAGCGCUCAUCCUCUGACAGGUUUCAGGGCAUCACUGCCAGCUCCAGCAAGAAGAAGAAGAAGGACGACGGCGGCGGAGAGCAGGGGGAGGAAGAGGAGGAGGAGAAGGACAAAAAGUCAGGGAAGAAAGUCAAAAAUAACAGUCUGCUGUCAUUCGGAGGCGAUGAAGAGGAUGAGAACGACUAAAUGUGGGACUGUUAGGAAGGUAAUGGUCUGAGGAUGCGUAGAAAUGGAAAACAAAAAAAAAAAAGUUAAAUGUGUUGUUGUCGGGUCGUUGCAUGUCUCAUCCCAGAGUGUUUGUAUUCUCCCAUCUGUGUUCACUGUAAAUCUAAGCCAGCAGAGAAUUACUGAGAUUCCUCAGGAAGCUGAGAAGCGCAGCUGGACUCAUCGUCUGAAUAUGUGCAGCAUCACCGUCUACAGCGGCCGGACCUCCGUAGCACAUCUGUGCGUUCCACCCUCGGUCGACGUUAAAUCCACACCGCUGUGUUCUCUGCAGCCCUGGAGGCCUCCAGGGUUUCUAAAACAUCCAUUUUGUAGAACAGAAGAUUUUUUUUAUUUAGGUGGACAACAGGCCAGUGCCCUGAAAUUAGCUGAGGACAACAAAGGAAGAAGCUGGUCUAAGAAAUAUUGAGGAUCUUUUUAAAGUUAUGUUGUAGAAGGCCAGCAAAGACCUCAGAUCGCUCAUUCUUAGCCUGAUGCAGGGUCCCCACUGUUCUUAGUCCCUCUCUGAUCAGCACCAGCCAUAAAAACAGCAAAGCGGCUCAUCCAGAGGCUCUAGCCCAGUACUGGCUGUACGCUGACAUCCUGGCUACCAGCUCUAGCCUCAAAUCCCAUAGUUCUGCCGUCUGAAACAACCAUAGCAAAAACUGACUCAGACCUCAAAAGCUUGUUUGAAAAUAUUAGGAAGUGUUUUCCCCCUACAUGUAUGACAGUAACGGUGCAAAUAUUUUAGUAGUUUUAUUUUUUUCUAAAAGCAGACGCUGGCUCUUAGGGAUGUUAAAGGUUGCUAACCCUGCCAGAGGUCACCAGGACAGAAGAUAACCGUACAGCAGUCGUUUUGCAGCUUGGUCAGUGGGGGACGUGUGAAUAUCAGAUCUGCAUAUGCAGCCGUGUGGAGUCUGAUGAUGGCUGAGUUUCUGAGUCUUCUCUAAGGUCGCCUUCCCACGUGGAGUCGGCUCAGUCCGGCUGUCUCGUUCAAACCUCUGGUCGACGUGCGUCUCCUCCUCCCCUUCAGUCCGAUUGCGGAUGUAUUCUGGCUUCUACAAAGGAGCUGCAGCAGUUCAUGUAGCCUCGAUGCGUCGCUGCCAAUGCAGCCGGCUACACGCCUCCUUGCUUUGGAUGCAUUUUUGAAACUGUAGCGUUACUUUUUGUUGACAUUAAAAGUUGUUUUUACACCAAAAA